AUGCUUCGAAUCAAACGUAAACGAGAAGAAGAAGCAGUUGCUUUGCUUUAUGUAACUAAAGAGUCAAUUCCUUUAAAACGGAGAAAACAAGGGAACAAUUUUUAUAUGCUUUUUGAAACAUUAGAAUUGGAGUCAGUUGGAAAAUUUGAGGAGGAACAAGAGAAACAAACAAUAGAAACAUCUAAUGAGCAGGAGGAGGAAUUAAGGCAAAACGAAGCAAACAUUUCAAAACGGGAUAAAUACAGGGAAUUGAUUCAUGAGUCAUCAGAAGAGAAUUAUGUAUAUGAUAUGUAUGUACCAUUAGUUUACACACCAGAUACAUCGCAGACAAAUUCUAUGUGUUUUGGAGUUGUAACGUUGGAAGAUAAUGAUAUUUCUUUUUUUGAAGAAACAGAUUCUUAUGACCAAUAUGAUAAUGAUGAAGACUCUAAUGCAGAAGAUUUCUAUCAAAAUUCAUAUCCAGAUGAAGAUGAAUGGCCAAACAGUGAUAUAGAGGAACGAGAAAUAUAA